AUGAGAGGAGUAUUUAUAAGCCAGUUCCACUGUGAGCUUUACGCAUCCACUGAGGUUGUAUCGCGAGUGACUUCGGGCAACGGCCAAGUUGCGGACAGCAUAGAGACGAGUGAUAAAUUCGGGAAUCGGUACGCCCUAUUUGAGGUCAUUGUGCAGUCAGGCAUCGAGUCAUGGACUAUCAAGCGAUCAUUAAG